CCACUCGGCCAAAGUCCCGCGCAUCGGCAAAAUUAAUACUUCCUCAGAUUCUCAGACUCUUCAGUGAGUUCAGUCUUCUCUCUCUCCGGCGCGCUUUCACAUUCUUCUUCCCAGCCCCUGCAUCCCCUGUGUUAUAUCGCUCGUGCAUGCCCCAACACUUCCUCACAAACGAAAAAGCCCUAAACUUUGUAAAUUUAGGGUUUUUUCUGCUUACCAUACCAGUUUCUACGCUUCUUUCUUGAACCCUUAAAAAUCCGAAAUCAUGUAUGGAGGUGACGAAGUAUCAGCUGUAGUAAUUGACUUGGGUUCCCACACUUGUAAAGCUGGAUAUGCGGGUGAAGAUGCUCCCAAGGCCGUGUUUCCUUCGGUUGUUGGCUCAAUUGAUCAAAUGGAUGUUGAUGAUGCUGUCAAAUCUGACUCUGGAUCUGCACCUGAUUCUAAAAGUGUUGUCAGAACUUUUGAUUCGGAUAAAAGCAAGACGAAGCGUAAAUUCUAUGUUGGAUCUCAAGCUCUAGGAUACCGCCGGGAUCAUAUGGAGGUGCUUUCUCCCAUAAAGGAUGGUGUUGUUGUUGACUGGGAUAUCGUUGACAGCAUAUGGGACCAUGCAUUCAGGGAACGGUUGUUAAUUGAUCCAAAGGAGCAUCCCAUGCUACUUGCAGAACCAUCUUCUAAUACUCAACAACAGAGAGAAAGGACAGCUGAGCUUAUGUUUGAAAGAUACAAAGUGCCUGCAUUGUUUUUGGCCAAGAAUGCUGUUCUGACAUCUUUUGCAUCCGGUCGUGCUACCUCUUUGGUUGUCGAUAGUGGUGGUGGAUCUACUACUGUCGCACCUGUACACGAUGGCUAUGUACUGCAAAAGGCUUUGUUAACAUCUCCUAUUGGGGGGGAAUUCCUUACUGAGUGUAUGAUGAAAAGCUUAGAAAGCAAAGGCAUCAUGAUGAAGCCUAGAUAUUCUUUUAAAAGAAAAGAAAUUAGGCCUGGUGAAUUUCAGACAGUAGAUCUUGAUUUUCCAAAUACAACAGAAAGUUACAAGCUCUACUGUCAGAGGGCAAUCGCUAGUGAUAUCAAGGAAUGUGUAUGCCGGGCUCCAGAUACUCCAUAUGAUGAAAGUGCAUAUGCUAAUGUCCCAACAACACCGUAUGAACUUCCAGAUGGACAAUGGAUAAGCAUAGUAGGUGGAAUUGAAAAGGAAACCAUCUCAACCCCUCUGGCUGAGGAAGAAAAGAUCCAGGCAGCUGCUCUUACUACUCUCCAGGCCCAGGAAGAGAGCUUUCUAAGGCAGAAAUCUAGAAUUACGUGGUUGAAGCUUGGAGACUCAAACAGUGCUUACUUCCACAAAUCUGUAAAAGCAAGAAACAAUGUCAACUCCAUCACGAAAUUGUCUACUCCUGAGGGGAACUUGGUUCACAGGGUUGAUGAGAUUAAAAAGGUUGCAGUGGAUUAUUUUGAAGAUUUGUUCAGGCCUCCCACCACCCCUGCUCCCCCCAUUUCGGGAUGUCCUCUUUCUCCCUACAAAUUUUGCCUGGCUAUGGAAGUUCUUUCCAGAAGUUUGCAAGUGGCCUCAGACUGGAAUCUCAUCUCUGCUAUUCCCAAAUGUAAAGCUAUGAAGCUUACUCACCUGGCUUUUGCAGAUGAUUUGAUGAUCUUUUCAAAGGCUGAUCCCACCUCCAUGCAGAACAUUAUGCUUUGUCUGAGCCAAUUUGCUGAUAUGUCGGGGCUUCGUAUAAAUCCAGCUAAGUCUCUUAUUUUCCUAGCUGGGAUAUCUGACUUUGCCAAAGCUUCCAUCCUUGACCAUAUGGGGUUUUGCUUGGGUCAUCUUCCAGUGAAAUAUAUGGGGCUUCCUCUCAUUCCGACAAGGCUCUUUGCUCACCAAUGCACCCCUAUGCUCGACCUUAUUAGGAAGCGGCUUCAGCUCUGGAAGGGAAGGCUCCUAUCCUUUGCCGGCCGGUUUGUGCUCAUCAGAUCAGUCCUCCAAGCUUCAUACAUUUACUGGUCGGGUACUUUUGGAUUGCCGGAAUCCAUCAUCUCCAAACUCGAGUCCAUCUUUGCCUCAUUCUUGUGGAAAGGGAGUGAGUGUGUGCGAUUCCUCUGUCCUUCUAGUUGGGUUGCUGUUUGUCUUCCCAAAGAAGGGGGUCUGGGUAUAAGAAGGAUCAAAGAUGUGAACUCUGCCGGAAUCAUCAAGCUAGCCUGGAAGAUCAUUUCCAAAAAAGACAUUUAUCAGCAGACAAUUCCCGGUAUGGAGAGUUUUUCAGACUCUGCUGUUCCUGUUCGCGGUCUUCCACAGAUGGUUGUUGAGAGCAUAAAUAAAUGUGACGUGGACAUUCGAAGGGAACUAUUUAGCAGUAUAUUGCUUGCUGGGGGCACAGCAUCAAUGCAACAGUUAAAAGAACGCCUUGAGAAGGACUUGCUAGAGGAGUCUCCUCAAACAGCUAGAGUUAAAGUAUUGGCAAUUGGGAAUUCAACAGAACGGCGAUUCAGUGUUUGGAUUGGAGGGAGCAUUCUGGCUUCUCUGGGUUCUUUCCAGCAAAUGUGGUUCUCCAAAGCUGAGUAUGAGGAGCAUGGGGCUUCAUACGUACAAAGGAAAUGCCCGUAGAAGCCUUUGUUUCUCGGGGUUUGAGAGAGAAGCAAAUGUCUAUUCUCAAGGUACUUUUGAAUUUUCUCUUUUUGGGAGUUUGGGAUGGGGGGUGGCUUUGGUUUGGUCAUGAUUUUCUCAGUUGUCAGAUGGUGAGUACAAACAAUCUUGUAGUUAGAUUUGUAAUUGACCAUUUGAAGAAAGUACAGUUGCUACGAUAAGUCGAGACCAUGAAGACACCUUUAGCCAAGUAAGUCAAUGGAUGUUUUCAUGAAGGUAGUUUUCAUGAGCCUAAAUCUGUUCGUGUGGACUAAGGAAAGAAUCAAAUCCAUUACUGAAGAGAGCUAGACAAUUCAACAAGAUUUCAAUUGCAGCAUAUUGGAUGAUUGUUUUAAUGAAUAUACAGGAUGUAGAUAAUUGUUUUAGUGAAUAUACAAGCUGUUAAAUUAAAUUUCAUAA